ACUUCAGAAUAGGCUACGGUACUCUACCGCUAACAAGGACGUUUUUCUUUUGGAUUUCGCGUUUUUACUAUUUUUCUUUAAUAAAGACGUGUGUUCUUGACUGUUACAAAUAUGAAGGAAAGGAGAAAUCCACAGCCGUUGGUGGUGAGAUGUAAACUGGUUCUUGUUGGGGAUGUUCAAUGCGGAAAAACUGCGAUGUUGCAAGUCCUCGCGAAGGAUUGUUACCCAGAGACUUAUGUUCCCACAGUGUUUGAGAACUACACAGCGUGUCUGGAACUUGAGGAGCAGCGUGUGGAGCUCAGUCUGUGGGACACGUCAGGUUCUCCCUACUAUGACAAUGUGAGGCCUCUCUGUUACAGUGCCUCUGACGCGGUGCUCCUCUGUUUUGACAUCAGCCGCCCAGACACCUUCGACUGUGGGCUCAAGAAGUGGAAGACAGAGAUCUUAGAUUUCUGCCCCAGCACACGCAUCCUUCUCAUUGGCUGUAAGACCGACCUGCGCACAGACGUCUGCACCCUGAUGGAGCUGUCCAAUCAGAAACAGGUCCCCAUCACCCAUGAGCAGGGUUCCUCCAUGGCCAAGCAGCUUGGUACUGAGGCCUACCUGGAGUGUUCAGCGUUCACCUCAGAGAAGAGUAUCCACAGUGUGUUCCGUACGGCCUCACUGGCUUGCAUCAACAAGCCCCUCCCCAAGACCAGCCCCACUCAACGCUUAUCCAAGAGGCUCCUCCAUCUCCCCAGCCGCUCCGAGCUGCUCUCCUCCACCUUCAAGAAGGAGAAGACCAAGAGCUGCUCCAUCAUGUGAGUGGAGACCCGGGGCGGGGGGGCUUUCGCUCCCUUCCAACACGCUGCUCCGAUUCCCCAGAACCCCUUGACUGUUUGGUUCGGGGAAGGUGUGGUUGGUUUCAUCACGAUAGCUUUAACAUGAGAAGGCUCUUCCUCCAUGCUGACCCCCCCGCCCCCAAAGUCAAAUAAACUCAGAACAGGUGGACACCUUGUCCUGAACUACUCUUCAGUGCAUAUCUAAUCUUUUUCACUACUGUAACUUGGCUUUUUGAUCAUCAGCGAACCAUUUUUCUCACCUGUUACAGUAACGGUAUGCAACCAUGAUGGUGUGACAUCACUACUAUUUAGGAACAUGUUGAUUUGUCCAAAUUGGAGAAAUGUGCAACGUGUGACAAAGCUUUAAUAUUGGGAUGUAAAAAUGCCUCUCAAGACAAUUAAAUACCUAUUUUAAAAAACAAAAUUGAGCAUGAUAAUAUCUCAGACAUUACUGAAAAUUGUAUCCCCUCUGUAUUACAGAGUGUCAACUAUAAGGUGUAGCAACAUGAGCAAAUCUGUGGUCAAACAGUGUUUGUUAUCUUUUUGAUUAAGGCCCAACGGGGGCUGACUGAUUGAGAGAGAUGUGGAGAGAGGAGUGUUUGAUGGGAUCAUAGCAUGAACAGAGGGCCAUUACAUUUCUCAUUGUCUCGGCCGUGAGGAGAGGAGGUCUUGAAGGAUAAGGGCUGAUUGCGUGAACAGAGGGCCAUUACAUUUCUCAUUGUCUCGGCCGUGAGGAGAGGAGGUCUUGACGGAUAAGGGCUGAUUGCGUGAACAGAGGGCCAUUACAUUUCUCAUUGUCUCGGCCGUGAGGAGAGGAGGUCUUGAAGGAUAAGGGCUGAUUGCGUGAACAGAGGGCCAUUACAUUUCUCAUUGUCUCGGCCGUGAGGAGAGGAGGUCUUGACGGAUAAGGGCUGAUUGCGUGAACAGAGGGCCAUUACAUUUCUCAUUGUCUCGGCCGUGAGGAGAGGAGGUCUUGAAGGAUAAGGGCUGAUUGCGUGAACAGAGGGCCAUUACAUUUCUCAUUGUCUCGGCCGUGAGGAGAGGAGGUCUUGAAGGAUAAGGGCUGAUUGCGUGAACAGAGGGCCAUUACAUUUCUCAUUGUCUCGGCCGUGAGGAGAGGAGGUCUUGAAGGAUAAGGGCUGAUUGUGUGAACAGAGGGCCAUUACAUUUCUCAUUGUCUCGGCCGUGAGGAGAGGAGGUCUUGACGGAUAAGGGCUGAUUGCGUGAACAGAGGGCCAUUACAUUUCUCAUUGUCUCGGCCAUGAGGAGAGGAGGUCUUGAAGGAUAAGGGCUGAUUGCGUGAACAGAGGGCCAUUACAUUUCUCAUUGUCUCGGCCGUGAGGAGAGGAGGUCUUGAAGGAUAAGGGCUGAUUGCGUGAACAGGAAGGUGUCAGGCAGACAGACAAGCAGGCAGGCGGACGAACGGACAAGCAGACAGGCAGGCAAGCAGGCAGACCAACAUGCAGGCAGACAGACAGACAGAUAUACACACAGACAGACAGACACCAGUGUGAGCCAUCUGCUCUCAGUCAGUGGAGUACCAGGUUACAGAGGAAAAGUACAGAACAGAUGGAUAUUGGAGCUUUGGGAGAAGAAAAGAGGAAAGUGACAAAACAAUGUGAAUGUACUGGUGCUUUCAGAGAUAGAAAACAAUGUGAAUGUACUGGAGCUUCCAGAGAUAGAAAACAACGUGAAUGUACUGGAGCUUCCAGAGAUAGAAAACAACGUGAAUGUACUGGAGCUUCCAGAGAUAGAAAACAAUGUGAAUGUACUGGAGCUUCCAGAGAUAGAAAACAAUGUGGAUGUACUGGUGCUUCCAGAGAUAGAAAACAAUGUGAAUGUACUGGUGCUUCCAGAGAUAGAAAACAAUGUGGAUGUACUGGUGCUUCCAGAGAUAGAAAACAAUGUGGAUGUACUGGUGCUUCCAGAGAUAGAAAACAAUGUGAAUGUACUGGAGCUUCCAGAGAUAGAAAACAAUGUGAAUGUACUGGAGCUUCCAGAGAUAGAAAACAAUGUGAAUGUACUGGUGCUUCCAGAGAUAGAAAACAAUGUGGAUGUACUGGUGCUUCCAGAGAUAGAAAACAAUGUGAAUGUACUGGUGCUUCCAGAGAUAGAAAACAAUGUGGAUGUACUGGAGCUUCCAGAGAUAGAAAACAAUGUGAAUGUACUGGUGCUUCCAGAUAUAGAAAACAAUGUGAAUGUACUGGAGCUUCCAGAGAUAGAAAACAACGUGAAUGUACUGGUGCUUCCAGAGAUAGAAAACAAUGUGAAUGUACUGGAGCUUCCAGAGAUAGAAAACAAUGUGAUUGUAGCUGAGAAUUGUCUGAUGAGGAGUGCUUUGAUGAAGAAAAAAACACUUCCAGGGAGUGGGGUAUUGUUUUAAUCGGGGCCAUAGGCACAACACAGUUUAAUGCAGCUCUGUCAAGAGAUCUGUGAAGUUACAUCUGGUAAUGGUUGGCAGGUCAGUGUUGCAAUUCCUUGAGGUGAUUAUUUAUAGGACUGUCUGUUUGAAACUAGAAGAUGCUGCUUAAAAACUUGGCUGAAUCCACUGGGGAAAUGUGAUGUCCAGUUCACAAAAAUCCUACUACAGAAGAGCGUGUAGCAUCACAGUAUUGGUAUUUUGAUAAUCAACGAUGAUCAAACAGUAUACGGUUUCCAUUAUACCAUUCAAAUAAUAACCCCUAAGUUUCAUCCUGAUUUCUGGAAAUAUGGCUGUUGAUUUAUUUAAUGUUCAACAAUGUAGCAGUCCACUUCCUUUAGUCUCCUCUCUUCCUAAAUGUUUCUACUCUUCCGUCCCUUUCUCUCGUUGUUCUGUCACACCUCAAGUCCCAGCAUCAUGGAGGGCAGUCCAGUCCAAUGUGUCACUAAACUAGGAGCCUUUUUCAGCUUUAAUAGUUUGCUUCUUGGUUAUAAUUGUGUGUGUGCAGUACAGCAUUGAUCUAUCUCGGCGUUAACUAUCAAGCAAUAAUGAUUUAAGUGAUUGUGAUGCAAAGUCAGCUGAUCGAGUGGCCAACAUAUCCUGCUGCUACUCCAUGGAUAUACAUACAGUAUGGCAGAACAAACUGAACCAUCCUUUCUGCUGUAGAAUCAAGAUGGCGUCCGAUCUGGUUCCACUUUCCCUUCUUCUGUCUCGUCAGUAGCCACUGGUAUGUAAGGUAACCAAUGACAUCUCUCACUGUGCCACUAAAGAGUUAGGAAUUUGAGUAUGAAGAGGAAUAAUGCUAUUUGAAGAUGUCAGUGAGUCUAUGCUAUCAGUUGUGAAGUAUCGUUGGGAGACGAGUGAGUUAAAGAAACGAGACUGAGAGAAUCUGGUUUUAAACAUUCGGCUCUAGUCACUGUUGGCACGAUUGAAGCUUUUCCCAUUGGGGUACGUUAUGUGGAAGCCUCCUAACUUUGAACACUUUUAACAAUCAAUGUGUGAAAAGGGGCUAGGAUAUAUGGAAAUAUAAUAUCUGGAAAUAUAAUAUCUGGAAAUAUAAUAUCUGGAAAUAUUUAGGGAGGUAGAGGAACUAGUAAUAAAAUAAAAACAUGCAGGCUGGCCAAAGAAAGAAGGUGUUUUUUCCAUGAUUCAUUUUGGGGUUUGUGUGUUUUUAUUUUGGUAUUAAAGCUUGAAUUGAAUCAUUUUGUGUGUGUGACUGAGACAGUGUUUGUUAACCUAUGUGGUGAGCUGUGGACGACCCCCAUGGUGGUCAGUCAGUCUGUGAUUUGAUUUGCACAAAGGCUCUAGUUCCUUGGUCACACACUGGAAAUCCUCAGCAUUGCCUAGCAACAGUUCAACACAGGAAACCAAUCCAGACUCAGAAUGGCUCAUCGGUUGGUUCGUUGCACAGAUAGGGAGUAAAGGAGGGCGUAACGUACAAGGAGACAUUUCCACAGUCAAUGGAAGUGCAGAUUCUGCUUCUACCUCAAGGGUUGAUCGGAAUUUGGAUUCAGAAUAUUUUUUCUUGAGUUUCCUUAUAAUUGCAAGUUCCAAACUCAUAGAGGGGCUCAGGUCUUGGAUAUAGAAACAAUUCAUGGAUCAUAUCAGUUUUAACAUGCAGGCAGUCAUUGUGUAGUGCAGCGAGUGUGUGGUACAUUGGUGCAGUCCUACUCCUAGCAUGUGCUGUUAUAGUUUGAUUGUACAAAUCUUAUUUUAGAAUAAGUGUAAAAACAUUAAAGAAUGUCGCAGGGAAAUGUUUGAUUCAAACGAUGAAAGACAAAUAUGUUGUUAUUGAUGUGAAUAUUUAUUUGAUAGUUAUUAUAGCUAUUACUAUUUUUGUAGUUUUUUUGGUUGAGAUGUAUAUUUGUUUAAAUUCUAUUUUGGACAUUGGACUUUCUGUCCUUUAUUUUGCUCUGUUAAUAAAGCUUGUGA